UUCAAAGCCGAAUUUGUAAAUAAGAAAGUGCAAGCAUGGAUGCCACGAGGUGUUCCUACUGGAGAGGACUGGCUUCGAGUUACCAGAAACUUGGAUGUAUUUGAACAGCUCCAACAAAACCUCGAAGAAAUGAUGGGCUCUUCCGAAUCUUCAGAUGUUCCAUCCACAAGGCGAAGGGAUGUAGAAGAACAAGUUUUCGCAUUUAGAACACUGAUCCGCAGGAAAGAGUAUUUGCUCCAUCCCAGUGAUGCCAGUGUGAACCCGGUCAGUUUAGAUGGGAAACUGUUGAGCAACGAUUUGCUCAGUUUCACCGAGAAAGCUUCAAGCUUGCGUGCUUCCUACUUUGACAGAUAUAUGGGACUUGCUCAAGACUCAGACACCCGCAAGAUGUGUGUGUGCGUUACUAAAGAAGAAGAAGAGGCACGCUCUUUCGUUGGAAACAUGACUAAAUUACAAAUAGGUGACGUUAUUAAUACUCUUAUUGGGAGCGUGCAAGAUGAGGACUUGCGUAAUGGACUGUACGUUGAGUAUUCAAGUAUGAAUGCAAUCAGGACUAAGAGAGAUGAACUAAUUGCGUUUCAUGAUCAAGUAAAGGAUAUCAUACUAGAUCAGGACUUAUGUGACCGUGACUCCGUACCUCCACAAGUUUUGAACGAUUAAUUGAAUUCUGUAAUUGACACCAUAUAGAGUGACUGUGAUAUACUUUAUGUGAACUAUUUGAAUUGUUCGUUGUUUUAAUAAUAUAUAUCUAUUUGUUGCAACAGUAAUGAUUAUGGCUGAUAAGAAUUGAUAACAUUUUAUGUACUGUGUUUUUGCAUAUGCUGAUUAUAAACAACCAUUCAAAUACAAGCAUAUAUAUAAUGAUGUAUUUAAUUUUAUUAA